CUAUCUUCAACACAGGUAGACGUCUUCAACACAGGUAGACGUCUUCAACACAGGUAGCCGUCUUCAACACAGGUAGACGUCUUCAACACAGGUAGACGUCUUCAACACAGGUAGACGUCUUCAACACAGGUAGACGUCUUCAACACAGGUAGCCGUCUUCAACACAGGUAGCCGUCUUCAACACAGGUAGACGUCUUCAACACGGGUAGCCGUCUUCAACACAGGUAGACGUCUUCAACACAGGUAGCCGUCUUCAACACAGGUAGACGUCUUCAACACAGGUAGACGUCUUCAACACAGGUAGACGUCUUCAACACGGUAGACGUCUUCAACACAGGUAGACGUCUUCAACACGGUAGACGUCUUCAACACAGGUAGCCGUCUUCAACACAGGUAGACGUCUUCAACACAGGUAGACGUCUUCAACACAGGUAGACGUCUUCAACACAGUUUCUCUGCGGUGGAUGAAGCUGCCUCCAGUGAGAACAGGUGGUAGGGAACAUGCCAGGGAUGCCCCCUACAUGCGUUACGGUCACACUGCCGUGCUGCUGGAAGAUACCAUCUACAUAUGGGGGGGUCGUAACGACACGGAGGGGGCCUGCAACGUCCUCUAUGCCUUUGACAUCAAUAACAUUUUAGGGGACAUGUCACAUGAUGGCGGUGGACAUUCCAUGGGAUGGGAGAGUCAUGACAACCACCGGUGGUUCACCCCUAAGAUUUCUGGGACCGUUCCGGGGGCGAGGGAUGGCCACUCAGCCUGCAUCCUGGGCAAGGCCAUGUACGUCUUUGGAGGAUACGAGCAGCUGGCUGACUGCUUCUCCAAUGACAUCCACAAGCUGGACACCACCACCAUGACCUGGUCACUAAUCAAUGCACGGGGUACUCCAGCUCGUUGGAGGGACUUCCACUCUGCCACCAUCAUUGGCACUAAGAUGUUUGUGUUUGGAGGCAGAGCAGAUCGCUUCGGUCCGUUCCACUCUAAUAACGAGAUCUACUGCAACAAGAUAAAGGUGUUUGAUACAGAGACCAACAGCUGGCUGAAUACUGCUACUGCCCAGCUCCUACCAGAGGGACGACGUAGCCACUCAGCCUUUUCCUAUAACGGGGAGCUGUAUAUAUUUGGGGGCUACAACGCUCGUCUGGACCGACACUUCAACGACCUUUGGAAGUUCAAGCCAGAGACGUUUUCGUGGAAGAAGGUAGAGCCGCAGGGUAAAGGGCCGUGCCCCAGGAGAAGACAGUGCUGUUGCAUGGUGGGAGAUCGGAUCAUCCUGUUCGGAGGAACCAGUCCAUGUCCAGAACAGGGGAUGGGAGAUGAGUUUAACCUGAUGGAUCAUUCUGACCUCUACAUACUAGACUUCAGUCCUAAUCUGAAGACAUUAUGCAAGCUAGCUGUUAUUAACUACAGUCUUGACCAGGGUGGUCUACCACACGACAUCAGGUGGGAGCUGAACGCCAUGACCACCAACAGUAACAUCAGCAGACCCAUCUUCUCCUCUCACGGCUAAACUGACCCAGAACACCAGGGCUGAACUGACCCAGAACACCAGGGCUGAACUGACCCAGAACACCAGGGCUGAACUGACCCAGAACACCAGGGCUGAACUGACCCAGAACACCAGGGCUGAACUGACCCAGAACACCAGGGCUGAACUGACCCAGAACACCAGGGCUGAACUGACCCAGAACACCAGGGCUGAACUGACCCAGAACUACCACAGUACCAGAACACCAGGGCUGAACUGACCCAGAACACCAGGGCUGAACUGACCCAGAAGCUAGCUGGGCUCUCAUUGGACCAGAAGAUGAUCUGCCAUCUGAGCUGGCCUUUGACCCGACUAGAACCUGGCAGAGAACUCUACGAUCUGGCCGUAGCCAACAGCACAGAGCUCCAGCAGUCUCAGGGCUGACUCCAACAGAACCUUAACGCUCUGAAGUCCUGUCAGUAAAACCACGUUUCUCUUAGUUCUACAUCAGAACCUGUCUGGUUGUCCUAGGUCUGGUUCUCCACCUGCCAACGCUGUUUGAAAUGACUGGACCUGUAGACCUGGAGGCUGUCUGCCUGUCUGUUUUUACAGUAACAUUUUGAUCUGGUCUGGUUUGGAGUUUUCUUCUCCCUUGGUUUGUCUAUCGCUCUCUCUCUCUCUUUCUUUCUCUCUAUCGCUCUCGCUUCUCUUGUUGUCCUCCCUGGACACUAUCAGGAGGGGGUUCUACUGGUGCAUUAGUAUCUGGGUUUGUGUUGCUCUAUUACUCACAACUCACUGUGAAUCACCUUGAUUGUUUUACCAGUAUUACGACAAGCAGAACAUAUUCUUCACUCAACACGGAUUUCUCUUUUUUUGAAAGAGUUGCAGAAGUGAAUGCUGACAUUUAGUUUUCUCAUCGGGGAAGGGACAGAAGUUCUGAACUCCAAAUGUCCUGAGUGGAUAACUAACCUCUCUUCUCUGUGUGGAAGUGGAGGACGUGUCAUCAGCCUCUAGAAUGCAUCUGUCACAGCCAACCACCAUAGAGCGCCGUACGGCUGUGCUGCUCACUGCUUCCAGCUGACUCUAGAAGUUAGAAUUAGCUUAACAAAGUUAAACGUUCCAUUCAUCUCCUGGUUGGUCUUUAACUGUCAUUCAUGCAACAGAUUUUGGACCCACCACAGGGAGCCUGCCUGUUGAACCAACCUAGAAUACAACAGGUCCAUUGGGUGUAGAGGAGAGUACUAUAGUACUAUACUAUUAGGGUACUAUAUGACACUACUAGGGUGCUAUAGUAUUAUACUACUGGAGUACCCUAGUAGUACAGUAGUAGUGUAUUAGUACAGUACCCUAGUAGUAGUAUAGUAUGAUAGUACCCUAAUAGUACAGUAGUAGUGUAGUACUACAGUACCCUAGUAGCAGUAUAUUAUGAUAGUACCCUAGUAAUACAGUAGUAGUACAAUACUAUACUAUGACUAGGGUACUGUAGUAAUAGACUACUACUGUACUACUAGGGUACUAUACUACUGUACUACUAGUAUACUAUACUACUACAAUACUAGGGUACUAUCGUACUAUACUAGAAACAGCUGUCCUACACUAGACCUUCCUGACAUUAGCCAUCUAUUUUAGCCCAGGCAGAAGAACAGCUAUUUAAUUAACCCCUAGUUGCUUCCCUGCAGAUCGACAUGCAUACCUUCAUCCCUACUGAUCAACCUGCAUACCUUCAGCCCUGCUGAUCGACAUGCAUACCUUCAUCCCUACUGAUCAACCUGCAUACCUUCAGCCCUACUGAUCAACCUGCAUACCUUCAGCCCUACUGAUCAACAUGCAUACCUUCAGCCCUACUGAUCAACAUGCAUACCUUCAUCCCUACUGAUCAACCUGCAUACCUUCAGCCCUACUGAUCAACAUGCAUACCUUCAGCCCUACUGAUCAACAUGCAUACCUUCAGCCCUACUGAUCAACAUGCAUACCUUCAGCCCUACUGAUCAACAUGCAUACCUUCAGCCCUACUGAUCAAUCUGCAUACCUUCAGCCCUACUGAUCAACAUGCAUAACUUCAGCCCCUACUGAUCAACAUGCAUACCUUCAGCCCCUACUGAUCAACAUGCAUACCUUCAGCCCUACUGAUCAACAUGCAUACCUUCAGCCCUACUGAUCAACAUGCAUACCUUCAGCCCCUACUGAUCAAUAUGCAUACCUUCAGCCCUACUGAUCAACAUGCAUACCUUCAGCCCUACUGAUCAACAUGCAUACCUUCAGCCCUACUGAUCAACAUGCAUACCUUCAGCCCUACUGAUCAACCUGCAUACCUUCAGCCCUACUGAUCAACCUGCAUACCUUCAGCCCUACUGAUCAACAUGCAUACCUUCAGCCCCUACUGAUCAACAUGCAUACCUUCAGCCCUAUUGAUCAACCUGCAUACCUUCAGCCCUACUGAUCAACAUGCACACCUUCAGCCCUAUUGAUCAACAUGCAUACCUUCAGCCCUACUGAUCAACAUGCAUACCUUCAGCCCUACUGAUCAA